CUGACAUUGGCCAGUUCGUGUCCUCCACCAUGGCCACAGCAGGAAUUUAAGGAUGCACCCUGACCACUCACAGACCACACCAGAGGGGUUCCGUCCAAAACAAACUGGGCUUGUCAUCGUCAGUUAUUGUGUGAAUCGAAGAGUCACUGUCGUAGUGCAACCAUAACCUGAUGAUUUGAAGGAUUAUAGUUUUGCUGUCAAAAAAGAACGUGGAUUAUCAAAUAUCUAUUAGAUUCAUUAUUUUCUUGGCCUUCAGUUUUUGUCUCACAACUUCAAUUGGAUUACUACGGAGAUUUCUAAUAUUUUCCUUUCUACGUGAAAGUUUUGGAUUAUCGUCCCAACCUGAACCUGUCCUUCAACAUCAGACAGGUCUCCCUUCUUAUCUCGGCCCACAGGAACAACUUACAGGAGAUCAACCUGAUAAUAACUCACCAACGCACCCUGGAAAGGCCAAGCCAUACCAGUCUGUCUAAUACAACAACCUUCGCAUAACCUACUCCUAUGAAUCGCAGUAGUCCACCUUAUUUUUUUGCCCAGAACUUUCCUUCUUUGAACCUACCAAUAUUCUUUCCUCAUCCUUCACUGCUAUCUCUCUCUACUUGAUUAUCUCAACAUCUCCUCCCUCUGUCCUUUUCUCUAUCCUCUCUCUCUCUCGCUCUCUUCUCUCUGUGUGCUGUGUUGGUUGUUGUGAGCACCAGCCAUGGUGCUGCUGAAGCUGCAGUUCCCCUUGCAGAGGCGUGUGCGUCUGGCCCAGGGUCUGUGGCUGCUGUCCUGGCUGGCCGUGCUGGCUGGGGCCUUCACCUUCUCCCUGGGAGUGUACCUCAAGACCGAGCUGCUCCGCAGGGCAGAGGUGAUGGACAACACAGAGAUCCACGUGGUGCCCAACAUCUUGAUGCUGGUGGGCUUGGUAACCAUGGGGAUCAACCUGUUUGCUGGGCGGGUGUGUCAGGACUCCCUGGACUCUGCCCGAUUCCCCCCCUGGAAGCCGUUCCUGCUGCCCUGGUAUGGCCUGGCCUGGAUGGUGUGUGUCUGGUUGCUGUCUGCUGUGGUGCUCAGCUAUGCCCUGCAGGGACACCUCGAGGAGUCACUCAAGGUGGGCCUGAGGAACGGUAUCCGGUUCUACCGGGACACGGACGUCCCAGGCCGCUGCUUCCAGAAGGAGACUAUCGACAGGCUGCAAAUGGAACUGCGUUGCUGCGGCAACACCAACUACAGGGACUGGUUCGAGGUGCAGUGGAUCAGCAACAGAUACCUGGACUUCACCUCUAAAGAAGUCAAAGAUCGUGUGCGUAGCAACGUGGACGGUCGUUACCUGAUGGAUGGAGUCCCCUUCAGCUGCUGUAACCCCGGCUCCCCUCGGCCCUGCCUCCAGAACCAUCUGACUGACAACACUGCCCACUACAACUACGAGCACCAGAGUGAGGAGCUUAACCUGUACAACCGCGGCUGCAGACAGGCGCUGGUCGACUACUACAUGGGCCUCAUGAACACCAUUGGCCCCGGGAUACUGUCGGUCAUCUCCCUGCAGAUAUCAGUGUUGGUGAGCCUGCGGUACCUGCACACGUCUCUGGAGGGCGUGGACCCGGAGAACCCCGAAGGUGACAGCGAAGGCUACAUCCUGGCAAAGGGGGUUAAGGAGACCCUGAUGGAUGUCAAGACCACUGUGUUCAAACUGCUGCAGUUCGGACAGGUGGAAGCAGGUGACGAGGCAGAAGCUGGGGCGGACGGCGAGAAGGCCAGCUAGAUGAAAGAUAAUAUAUAACCAUAUAUGGGUUUGAGAAGGGGAAUGAGGAUGCUUUGUCAUGUGACCUCAUGGUGGUCUUGCCUGUGACCAGGCUAAUGUUGGGCUAGCUAGCGCUCUGUGUUGGCUUUGACACAGGCACUGAUCUUUUUGGCUUGAUUUAUACUGCAACAAUGCAUGAGCACUAAAAUACAUAGGGAAUCUUAUCUUAUCAUGCUCCGCACAGACUAGACACGACAAGAUCUAACAAUCCAGAGGUGUUUUAACUUGACAGAAUUUGGAAUGAUAAUCUUUCAGACACAAUGUUGUGUUCUGUUGCUCCUGAUGGACAAUACAUCACGAGAGGGUGAUGUUUCAUGUGGUCAAGAACAAACAAAGUCAAACUACGGAAAGGCACCCAAGAACACACACAUACAUUUUGUAAAUAUUCAAAAACAAUAUUCACAUACUGGUACAUGAGUAAAUGAAAAAUCACACACACUUUGAAGUACACUGAUGUUCUGAUCUUUGAUUCGGAUCAGACAAAAUCUAAAUCACACACAACACUGAUGUUCUGAUCUUUGAUUCGGAUCAGACAAAAUCUAAAUCACACAGGUAACAACGUCAUAAUACAAACACUCACCCCAUGUGAAGAAGGCCUACAGUCAAUUGAACACUGGACUGGGUAUAGAGUUUGUUAACGCACUGCUAAGUAACAUGUGAAGUUUGCAUCUGGCAUUGAAUAUAUUAAAGUUAGUUGCUUUUAAUGGA